AUGGACAUGUCAGCUCAAGGUCUUUCCGACAUCUGGCUUCGACUUGGUCGAUCCAUCCAUCAAGAUCGAAGAGGGGACGUUACCGAACCACCUCGCCGAGCGUUACUACCCAGUGGAACAAGCGAGUCUACCCAUGUCGCCCUCAAGGUCUAUGUGUCGGCUCGAGGAGUAGACCAUGAGCUGAAUGUCUACAACCGCAUGCAGUCCAUCGAGACCGACCACCCGGGCACAAAAUAUGUUCGCAAGCUUCUCAAUCAUUUCUCGAUCCGAGGCCCUCAUGGUCGUCAUGUCUGCCUCGUCCAUGAGGUCUUAGGAAUGAGCCUGCUCGAGCUAGGCUUGAUCGGGAGCAGGUUGGGAGUUAUAGAUCCCGUACCCAGACUUGAGCAAGCGAAGGGACCCCUCAGGAAUUUCAUUUAUGCUUUGGAUAAUCUGCAUCGGGUGCCUCAGCUUAUUCAUACUAAGCACGAUUUGAAGACCAGGAGAACUGACUACAUCUACAUCAUGCCGAACUUUCAACGUGCCCCAGAGGUCAUUUUACAUUUGAUCUGGGACUACAAAGUCGCUAGCUGGGGCCUUGAAAUGUUGGCUUGGGACCUUGCCAGUACUAGCAGAUUCAUCACAAACCAUACAUUCGACGGUCAAUGGGACGAUGGCGCCCACCUUGCGGAACUGGUCGCCCUUCUCGGCCAUCCACCUAUUGACUUCGUCCGUCGGGUUCGCUUUGCACGCCUUCUCUGGGACGACGAUGGUAAUUGGACCAACCUGGUUCCGAUCCCAGAGCGAAGUCUCGAGCAGGCCGCGGCCGAUAUCAAAGGCGACGAGGUGGAGGGCUUCCUCAGAUGGCUACGUCGAGCUCUGCAAUGGGACCCGAAAGUUCGUCCUACCGUCUCGGACUUGCUGAUGGAUCCAUGGUUGAUGAAGGGAUUGGAACUUCAGUUAAACCAUGUGUCGCUUCAUGUCUCCUCUGCGACCCCAUUCAACACAAAGAUUGCGCUCAAGCCCAAAGCUCUCAGAGGAACUCCAUUCGUAGAUGACUCCAGCACAACCACAAGAGCGUAUGAGCGGUGAGCUAAGGUGGCUGUGGAGUGGGGUGGAGUUGAUUGUCCAUCAGUAAGUUGGAGCUUGUAUUCUUUCCAGUUCGGUGCCAAACCGUGGCUUAUCCGAGCACUGUUGAUGAGGAGAUGAGAGCAGUCUUCUGUCGGUCAAUCCUUUUCCGACCUGACGUAUUUCUGUUCGUUUAAUUUUCCCCGCGAAGCUAUUGGGAUGGAAGUCUCGUGCUGUUCCCCCUAACAUUUGUGGGCAGAGGAAGGGGUGCAGCCACGGGCCAGUGCUGCUACAUCGAACACAGUAAGCUUCAUUGGCGGGAGUCGAAGAGGGGCGGGGUUUGCAUGGGGUGAUGUGACCGCCAGACAUGAACUUGACGACGCACUGUACAAUAUGUACUAUACUCCGUAUACAUACUAAGUAGGUACAGUAUGUACGGAGUCAUAACCGA